AGGGGGUGCUUCCCCUACCGGGAACCGGGAAUCGCUCCGCAGCGCACGCGAGCGAGCGAGCGAGCGAGCGGCCAGAGCCCCGCGACACGCCUCUGUUCGAGAACUUGGUGACUUGGAGUUCUUCCUGUUUGCUCUUCAACAGUCCCAAGGUUUCAAGGGUAGCAUCGUACAUUUCCAGAAUGGAGAUCUCCUCUCACCAGUCUCACCUCCUGCAGCAGCUGAACGAGCAGCGCAGACAGGGCGUGUUCUGCGACUGCAGCAUCCUAGUCGAGGGCAAGGUCUUCAAAGCGCAUCGGAAUGUAUUGUUUGCGAGCAGCGGCUACUUUAAAAUGCUGCUCUCUCAGAACUCAAAGGAGACAAGUCAGCCGACCACAGCCACGUUUCAGACCUUCUCCCCUGAUACCUUCACAGUCAUCCUGGACUUUGUCUACUCCGGCAAACUCUCCCUUACUGGACAGAAUGUUAUAGAAGUGAUGUCUGCCGCCAGCUUCCUUCAGAUGACUGACGUCAUUAGUGUGUGUAAGACUUUCAUUAAGUCUUCCUUGGACAUUAGCGAGAAAGAGAAAGAUCGCUACUUCAGCCUCUCUGAUAAGGACACUGGCUCUAAUGGAGUAGAGCGUUCUUCUUUUUAUAGUAACAGCUGGCAGGAAGAAAGCGGGUCUCCCCGCUCUCACCUGAGCCCAGACCAAGGACCAGGUAUAGUUAGUGGAAAGCCAUGGAACAAGUACAGUUACCACCCAGCCUCCCAGAGGAGUCCUCAACAACCAUUAGCCAAGCAUGAGCAAAGGAAGGACCCCAUUAAAAAGACCAAGCAUUUGAGGUUACCACAGCCAUCUGAAGUUGUUCAUUUUAAGCCCAGCAAAGGAGAUGCUCGAACAUCCGAUUCCAGCAACCAUGUUUCCCAGUCUGAAGAGCAGGUACAGGUUGAUGCUGAAGUGGAUAAUGUUCCUGCUGGCUACCAGUACAGCCAAGGGCCUGACGUCACAUCCAGGAGCUUUCCAGAUGAUCUGCCCAGGCUGCGAUUCAAAUGCCCAUACUGCACUCAUGUGGUGAAGCGGAAGGCAGACCUCAAGCGCCACCUGCGCUGCCACACAGGAGAGAGGCCGUACCCGUGCCAGGCAUGUGGGAAACGCUUUAGCAGGCUAGACCAUCUGAGUAGCCAUUUCCGAACAAUUCACCAGGCAUGCAAACUCAUCUGCAGGAAAUGCAAACGCCAUGUGACUGACCUCACAGGGCAAGUGGUGCAGGAAGGAACCAGGCGCUACAGACUGUGUAACGAGUGCCUUGCUGAAGUAGGCAUGGACAGCCUCCCUGUCGACCUGGAAGCUGAGCCGCACCGCGCGUCCCAGACCGAUGGAGAGAAGGAUUGCCGGUGGCAACUGAGCGAAGAAGAGAAUCGAUCCUAUGUGGAGAUUGUAGAGGAUGGGUCUGCUGAUCUGGUCAUACAGCAGGUUGACGAUAGCGAGGAAGAAGAAGAAAAAGAAAUAAAACCCAACAUUAGGUAGCCUGAAGUGUGACCUGUCAGAGCUGGCAUGCCUGCAGUUUACACAGGCAUCCCAUGUCUCUUCAUGGGCAGAGCCCGGUUAAUGGGUUUCUCCUACCGACUUAGAUGCACCUGAUGUAACUUGCAUGCUUUCUGAAUAGGCCACUGUAUCUAUUCUGAACUUUGUUGCUGCACUGGGAAGACCUUGCUUGCGUUGGCAUGAUGG